UGUACUUUUUUGUAUAUUCCCCUACAGUAGGACCGAGCAGAUUUUCUUUUAUCACAGCAUUUAUUUAAAGAAGUGAGGGGGAGACCGGAGACAAGAGCACAGAAUCAGACUGCAGGAGGCUGAGCUCUUGGUCUUAUUUGCUCUUUCUAGCUUUCAGUUUCCAAGAGCCGUGAUCGGACUUCAAAAUGCAUGUUGCAGUGCUCUUUUUUGCCUUUGCGCUCACUGGGACCACUUUGGCCCUUGACAAUGGACUGAUGAGGACCCCUCCCAUGGGGUGGUUGGCAUGGGAACGAUACCGAUGUGAUAUUGACUGUGAAAACGACCCAAAGAACUGCAUCAGUGAGAAUCUGUUCAUGGACAUGGCAGACAGACUUGCAGAGGAUGGCUGGAAGGAACUCGGCUACGUCUACGUGAACAUAGAUGACUGCUGGUCUUCCAAACAAAGAGACGAUCAGGGACGGCUGCAGCCUGAUCCUAAGAGGUUUCCAGGAGGAAUCCAAAAGGUGGCACACUACUUGCAUAACAGAGGCCUAAAGCUGGGCAUCUAUGGGGACAUGGGCAAACUCACAUGUAUGGGCUACCCUGGCACCCCGCUGGAUAAGAUCGAAUUAGAUGCUCAGACAUUUGCAGAGUGGGAGGUGGAUAUGUUAAAAUAUGACGGCUGUUACUCUAAUGCCACGGAGCAAGAGCAGGGUUACCCUCUCAUGUCAAAGGCUUUAAAUGCUACAGGGCGUCCCAUUGGCUAUGCCUGCAGCUGGCCUGUCUACCAGGGUGGGCUGCCACCUAAGGUAAAUUACACUCAGCUGGGUGAGAUCUGCAACCUGUGGCGUAACUAUGGUGACAUCCAGGACUCUUGGGACAGUGUACUGAACAUUGUUGACUGGUUCUUUGAAAACCAGGACGUCCUGACACCUGCAGCAGGUCCUGGAAGGUGGAACGACCCUGAUAUGCUGAUUAUUGGCGACUUUGGCCUCAGCAUGGAACAGUCUCGUUCUCAGAUGGCUCUCUGGGCGAUCAUGGCGGCUCCUCUUUUCAUGUCUAAUGACCUCCGCACCAUCUCCAGCGGUGCCCAGAGCAUCCUGCGGAACAAAAUGGCCAUCGGCAUCAACCAGGAUGCCCUGGGUAUCCAGGGAAGACGCAUUGUGAAGGAGAAAAGUGGCAUUGAAGUGUUCUGGCGCCCCCUGUCAAAAAAUGCCAGCGCUUUAUUGUUCUUCAGCCGUCGUACAGACAUGCCCUAUCGCUACACGACUUCCCUCAGCAAACUCAACUACACCGCAGGCAGCUACAAGGUUUUCAAUGUCUUCACAGAUGAGACCGCAUCGCUGAAAGACUCCACUGAAUUUGUAGUGUCAGUGAACCCCACAGGGGUGGUGAUGUGGUACGUCUCUGCACCUGCCAAAUUCAACCUCCGCCAGUUCUAUCAAGGGGGCACGCUCCAUGGCCGUGUCUAUGAUGAUCGUGAGGAAAAUGCCAUUCCACGGGUUUUCCUCUGAUCACUCACAGACCCCACUUUCUAAUCCUUAAGUUUUUGUCUUUUGCCUCAGUAGUAAUGUCUUGAUGAUCGAAUGAUUUGUUUCUAUCUAAGCACAGGUGCAGGCGCACAGCUCUGAACUGUGUUUUACAAUUGCCUCUUCCAAGUAAGAACAUGCUUGAAACUCAGGGACAUCCACUUUACAUCUGUAUAUGGCACAAAUGUGCUCUUGUUGAUGCGAUCUCCAGCUGAAUCUUCACUUGAAGGUAACUGGGCCACAAGAGUUUCUGUGCUCAACAGUAAUGAGAGCUGAUGAUUUUAAAAUUUUAUCUGAGAUGUGCCAAGGCACAGUCACUGAUCCCAGCUCGGCACUGUGACUGAGAGGUCUUCACUUGUCUUUAGGGUUGCCAACUCCCUGAAAAAUAAAUAAGAGACACCUCGUGGCCAGGGCCGGGCAACCCAAUUGUCUUCACCUUUCCCAGUGUGGUGAAUUUUGUAGCUCUUUUUUUUGUGUGUGAAAUUAUUUUUUUAACCAUUUGACUUGAAUUUGAUUUAAGUAGAUGCAUAUUCUUUGUGAUAUGACCAUAUGGGAAACAAAUGAUCAUUUAGCCAUUUAUUUUUAGCUGAUAUUCACUGCACAUGCCCAUAUUAACCUUAACCAGAGGGUUUAAAAAAAACAAACCAGUGUUUACAUACCAUAUCUGCUUCUGCCGUGGCCUGGUGGACAAAAAAUUGGUUAAGGGUUCCCCGAGCUUUCACGCCCCUCACGUUCUUCAUGUGCCCACCAUUAGAAGCAUGCCUAUGGAAAAAGUGCGCCGGCACACAGUGCAGUGCGCUUUAUAGGUGUUGUCGUGCACUUUUCCAGCCAGGUGUUUUCCUUUUCCCAUUCCUCCCUGUACUUUUGCAGCCUUUUCUUUCUGAGGGGAACAGACAUUGCUGGUCUAAUGCUGGGCUUACACUAUGCGAGUUUUGGCCCAUUUUGAGCCGAUUUUUGAGUCGUGCGACCGAUUUGGUGAUCGGCCCGAUUUUGGCCAUCAUCGUGCAUCGUGUAGUAUACGUGGGGUAACGAGAAGCGAUUAACACCUCACGACCAGCUCCCGAUCAUCAAUCGCUUGUGAGGGUGUCACCGCAGCCGCUCACACUGCUCACGCGCAAACACGUAAACGUCGGUGAAAAAGACGGAGCAGCACGGCUGUGCAGCCUGUGAUCUGGACACAAGUGAUGGAGGCACAACUUGUAGAACUUUGGAAAGCUCAUCCGAGCCUUUUCGAUGUGGCAUCACAAAAUUAUCACGACCACAACAACCGUGAAAAUAGUUGGAUUUACAUUGCUGCUCAAUCACAGCUGCCUGAUCAAUGUUUUUCAUUAGCAAUUUAGCAAAGUUGAUGGUGGUGGUGUGCGCGUCUGUGUGAGUGAAAGACAGAGAGGGAGAGUGAGCGACAGAUUUUCUGUUAUAACCUUCAUUUUAUGGAGGCACAGUGUGAGCACUCAGGUCGCAUCAGAGCAUCGGGCGGUAUAGUGUGAGACCCUGCAUCGUGACCUACGAACUUAUAACCCCUGCGAGUCAAUCGUGCAGUUUGAUCAGGAGCUGAAUAACGUGACUGAAAAAAUCGCACAGUGUAUGCCCAGCUUAAUGCCGGGCUCACACUGUGCGAUUUUUUCAGUCGCGCCGUCUUUUUCGCUGACAUUUGUGUUUGCGCGUGCGCAGUGCGAGAAGCUGCGGUGACACCCUCACGACGGUCGCGAGGAUUUCAAACAGGUUUCAAACAGGUUUGAAAUCCUCGCGACCAAGCGAUUGAUGAUCGGG